UUCCACCAUACAACAACCCAAAAAAAAAUUUCCCUUUCUUUUCUCUCACUGUGAAACUGACGGGGAGAGAGAGUAACAGAAAGGCCGAGACUUUCAGGGCUAAAUAAGGAGCAGCUUCUCUACACAGCCAAGCCAUGGCUGCCUGUGGGAGCCUCCAACCCAUCUUCGACAGCGCAUUACCCGAUAACCCGUCUAUUCUUGAAUCUCUUUCCUCAUGGAAGGACCUCCACCACCACCACCACCGUCGUCAAAUCAUGCCCUGCCACGGCAACGAUGACAGCGGCGAGCAUAACCCCGUUGAUUGCCAAGCCUCCUCCUUCACCGAGAUAUUCGGGGAACUCCACUUCAAGGAGCGGGAUCCCGAACCAUCAUCGCUGCUGCCACCGCCGUCGACGAUGGAGUUGGAGACCAACAGCGACGGCGAUGGCGAGGAGAACGCGAAGAGCCCUUCUUCAAUGAGCUCUCAGGGCGGCGGCGGCGGACACGGACACCACAGGAGCAGCGAGAGCUUCUCGUCGAUGAACUCGGAGAGCCUGCAGCUGUGCACGGAGGGGCUAGGGUUCGAGAGCUUCGGGGACGUGGAGGACUACAAGCUGGCUGAGGCGUGGCAGGGCAAGGAAGAGAAAGAAAGCGCGGCCACCUGUACGGCCAGGAGGAACUUUUACUCCUCGUCAUCGUCGUUCAAGCAUCGUCCUCAGUAUUAUCCUCAUAAUCAUCACCAUCACCACCUCCACGAGUUUCGGAGAUCGAGGUCGAUAGGGAGCGCAUUCCGAGGGUUCCCGCCCCCAAUAUCGAGCUUGAGCAUGAGCGGGAAGCCGUGGGUGUGCUUCAAGUCGUAUCGCAACGACGGGCGGUUCGUGCUGAAGGAGAUUAGGUUCCCGACGCAGGAGUUCCUUCACGCGUCGAGGGAAGGCGGGCGUCUGACGUUGCAGUUCGUCCAUCCGAGCGACGAGAUCGAGGAAGAUGAAGGGAUUCUUGAAGACGACAGCGAUGAAGAAGACGACGAAGAUGGAAAGAGAGAAGGCGGAGGGCGCAGCGAGAACGGCCACGGUGGCAACGUCGAACACGGGUAGGAGGAGAAGCGUGGAGGAAGCAUGCAGAGUGGACGUGGGUGUCGGUGGCGAUUCAUGAUAAAUCAGUGAAAAUGUCUUCUUUAGCCUCUCUCUUCUUCUCUUUCCUUUCUUGGGUUCGGUUGUAGUUCACGUCUUGAAGAUUUCCAUCUGGGAAAACGAAAACGGAAAGCGAGGGAAAAUGCUAAACUCUGGCCUCUGCAAAUUCCUGCCGAAGUUUUGAAUAACCCCGCUAUCUGAUUUUCUCUGUGAAUUCUCUCGCUCUUCCUCUCUGUUGAUCAAUCUUGCUCAUGUGGAAGUC